UUGUAACCUAUUGUAAUCACAUCACAUAAACGUUAUCUCAAAAAUCGCAAUUGCAUUGUUUUAUCAACAAAUUAGAUACAAAACGGCCCAGACACUAUAAACAUUUUGUAAUCAACGUUAGUUAUUGUCGAUUGAAAUGAGUCUUCCCCUUAUCUCGUUAACUAGAAAAGAAAGCUUUAGUGCGUGCCAUCGUUUACAUAGCCCAUUCCUUAGUGAAGAAUUAAAUAAGCAGGUUUAUGGAAAAUGCAACAAUCCCAAUGGACACGGUCACAAUUAUACAGUGGAGGUCACCGUUCGCGGCCCAGUUGAACCGAAGACUGGGAUGGUUAUGAACAUUACAGACUUGAAACAAUACAUGGAUCAAACCAUCAUGAAAAAACUCGACCAUUUGAAUCUUGACAAAGACGUUCCUUAUUUCAAAAAUUUGCCGAGCACCACGGAAAAUGUAGCCAUUUUCAUUUGGGAUAGCUUGCGAUUGGUCAUGUCGAAACCAGAGCUGCUGUACGAAGUCAAAAUAUAUGAAACGGAAAAGAAUUCAGUUAUCUAUAGAGGACAAAAACAUGACGGAAGGAAUCAUUAUCACCACCAUCAAAUGGAAAUGAGCACCACUAACGACAUCGUUUGCUCGACAAAUUUGUCAUCAGAUUCUGAUAGUUGAGUAUAUCCUUGAUAAUGAAUACCUGUAUCGCAGACUAGAGUUAGUUGCUUAUUUGAAUUCACUUGCGUACGUAUAUAAGAAAGCCACUAUUCAAUCAAAAACAAAGGAUACUUAGUAUUCACGAAUAAGGUCGUAUAUGUGUUGCACGUAUUGAUGAAGUAUUAAUCCCAUGAAAAAAUACAGUGAUAUUCCAUUAACUAAUAUAAUCUUUAAACUGCUCCGCCCUUUACUAGCUGUGAUAGAGAAAUGUUCCGUCUCCGACCC